AUGAAUGCCGAGCAGAUCUGUACACUCCUUGGAACUGUCGAGAGAGUUGUGCGCAUCAUUCAACGAGGCCAGGUCUACGAAUUCCUGUAUACCGCCGAUACUACAGGGAAAGAUGCCGCGGGAAGCCUCCAGACUUCGUUGGUAAGCCUGUACAAAGCCGCAAUCGAACUCUUAGCCGGAUCGGACACAGUAUUCAGCAAGGGGACAGCCCGACAAAUUCUUCACGCCAUCGUCUGUCCAAAGCAAGCCGAGGGCAUAGUCGCAGACCUCUUUAAAGCAGAGCAAACGCUUGCAUUUGACGUCCAGGCAUGUGAGGGCAUGCGAGGUGAUAGAGCUGGCAACAGAAUGGACUCGCGAGUGGACGACCUGAAGAUGAUCCUCUGCCAACUAGACCCGCUGCUCACUCGGAUGGACACUGGGGUGGCCAACCUGCUCCAGAAGCUCAAAGCAGCAGAUCAUGAUAGGCUGCUGGACUUCAUCAGCCCCGUAGCGUUUCGCGACGUUCUUGACACAGUCAAAAGAAAGAGGACUCCCGGGACAGGCGACUGGCUGUUGGCCGAUGAGAGCUUCCAAGAAUGGGAGCGCAUUCCCUCGUCUUCAACUCUGCUAUUUCUGGAAGGAAACUCCGGCACUGGGAAGACCUACCUCACGUCCAAGGUCAUCGACCAUGUGGACAAACAACUCAAAACCUCGCAGCAUCACGAAGGCUUCGCCUACUUCUACUGUCAGAAGGGGCCAUCGUUCAUGGAUCCUUGCGUAGUUCUACGGAGUUUCGUUCGCCAGUUAUCCUGUGUUGCCAACGAUUUGGAGAAUAUCCAGACCGAAGUGGUCCAACAGUGCGCCUUGGCAAAACGGAACGGGGCAAGCGGGUUGAGCUACGAAACCUGCAUAGAUCUCAUUUUGAAAUCUAUUAACCUCUACCCGAAGACGACGAUAAUUCUCGACGCGUUCGACGAGUCGGAUAGCUCGACCGACAACCUGGUCGAGAUACUGAUUCAAAUCAUGGACACUUCGAAGAAGCCGGUCAAGAUCUUUGUGUCGAGCCGUACGGGCCGCGAAGUCAAAAAGCUAAUUGAGAAUAAGUCCACGAUUAUCAUCAAUGUCAAGAACUAUGUAGACAUCGAAAAGCUACUAGACGCAGAGGUCUACUCUAAGGACUGGUUCAAAGACCUCCCAGAACAUCAUCAGUCGGAAACAUCCAGGACUUUUGCCUCCCGCAGCCAGGGAAAUCCGCUGGUUUCCUUGCAAGUAAACCGGCUCAAGAGGCACGCGGCCCGCGGCUCCAUCAUGGACAUACUAAAGAGUUUGCCAACGGACUUGACGGAGUCAUACGACUUGAGCUAUAAAGAGAUCAAGGAGCGCGGUGGCACCGAUCUGGCGCUUGCAGAACGAGCCCUGAAGUGGGUAUCGUGCACUUACCAAGCGCUUGAGGUCAACACUCUCUUGGAAGCUGUCCGGUUGGCUCCUCAAGGCAUGGACUUCGAGGGGGUGACUCGACAAAAGCUUCUCAUGCUCUGCGAGGAUUUUCUCACUAUAGACGAGCAGCGACAAGUCUGGGAGCUUUCCCACAUUUCCGUCGGCGAGUACUUCGAUUCCAAGCAUUGGGGUGUCCAAGCAGCCGAUCUACUUGUCGCUCAGGCCUCGCUCACGCUGCUUAUCGACACUUACGCCACAGUCGAUAUAAGGACGCCACUUGAAGCCGCAGGAUACACUGACUCCGAGUUUGACUCUGAUGACGACUCCGAGUUUACCUCCUAUGGCAACUCAGAGCUUGACUCCAAUGACCACUCCGAGCUUAACUACGAUGUCGACCCUGAUCAUAACAGCUCCGAGCCUGACGAACAAGAGGACCCUCUCACCCAGAGAGUCUAUGAUAUUAUAACCAUGCUGACACUUCCCCUUCAGAUGUACAGCAACCACCACUGGCCGAUGCAUGUCAGACGUUAUGAGGAAGGAAUAAGACCUGGCAGUGAAGUCGAUGCCGAGUUAUCCCAUCUUCUGAAACGCUUUCUCGGCUCCCCAGGCGACAGCAGUCUCCAAUACCGGAGGUGGCUCGACCACAUCCAUAUUUCAGGACAAUGGCCAAGAACACCCUCGCUUAGGACCAACAGCAUUCAGAAUCUGGAACCCACAACGAAUGCGCUGUUCUCAAUGUGUCAAUUUGGGUUCUACCACCUGUUGGUCGAUUGGUGGACUGAGGACUCAUUUAACGAUGCAGCCAAGACAUGCACCGACAAUGGCUACACUGCUCUUGCCCUUGCUGUCAUGGGAGGAGCUCAGCCCAUAUGGGAGCGGCUGACACAGAGGGUGGAUGUCAACUCCCCCUGGACGAUGCUGCAUAUGGCAGCUGCCGGAGCGAGGGUGGACGAGCUGGUGGGCGGGAAGUACGGCAAUGCUCUUGUGGCCGGCACGGUGGAGGCUCCACUCGAGUUUGUUCAAUGGCUCGUGGAAGAGGCUCAUGCCAGCUCAAACUUGCUGCCAGAGAGAAGCGACUAUGGUAGCCCUCUUGCGGCGGCCGCUCUGAAGGGGCGACUCGACGUCGUCCGAUAUCUAGUACAAGCAGGGACGGAGGUUAACGCAGUCCUACGGGCCGGAGAAUACGGGAGUGCCCUUUCGGCAGCCGCGGAUACGGAUAAUGUUGAGGGAGUGAGAUACCUCAUCGAACAAGGGGCAGAGCCCAAUUUACUUCUGCCUGGAGACUAUGGCAGUGCGCUUGCCUAUGCAGCGCAUGACGGAAGGGUAGGGAAUAUGGAAGAACUCAUCCAUGCGGGGGCGAACGUGAAUCUCCGGUUGAGGGUAGGGUGUAUUGGCAGCGCUCUCGCAGCUGCCGCACAAAACUUCAACGGGGGAGAAGCCACGGAGUACCUGAUCCGGAAUGGUGCGGACGUCAACCAGGAGCUGGAGGCUGGGGAGUACGGAAGCGCACUUAUUGCUAGCAUAUGCAACCCGUUCCUCCCCUCAACGGCAAUAGUCCUCCUCGAAGCCAAGGCAAUACCGACCGCGGUUCUCAAGACAGGUUCCUACGCCAGCGCCCUCGCUGCUGCUGCUUUUUGGGGGCACGUGGAUCUGCUCAAGCACAUGGUAGGGCUAGGAACACCGAACGCUGCCUUGGAAACUCUCCGGCAAAGCCGCCCUCCGCCGUCCACCGAUAUACCCGAAUACUUCGGAUUGGCCUUGAUCUGCCACCAGGGCUUUCAGCCGGCCAGAUCACGAUUCAAACUAUGGUUUCGGACUUAGGAUAACGGGGACA